AUCUAAAAGCUUUGUCACCAAACAAAGUGACCUGCUUUUCUUAAAUAGCUCUUAGGUGGUUAGUUGCAGUUAUGCAAAAAAAAAUAACCUUUUCCUCAUUUCACUCUAAAAUCGUAACACUUUUUUUUCUAGCUGUGGGCUCGUUUGAUAAGGAAACAUUUUACUGAACUCAGUGUUUCGUUGCAUUUUUAUUUUCAACUGAUUUCGAAACACUGUGCAUAAAAAACAGUGAACUCUGGCUGUACAAGGGAGCAAGUUUCUGUCUGUGAAUAUGUUGACCAACAACAUGUUACUGAGCGUCCUCUUUGUUUCAGGUGCUUUGGCUUCUUGUCCUCAUGAACCAUCCCUAUUCAUUACUGCACCAAAGAAGAUGGAAGCACUGAGUGGAUCUUGUCUGCAAAUCCCAUGUAACUUUAGUGUUAAAUCAGAAGAGGAGUUCGACGGCACAAGAACAACCAUCGGAGUGUGGAUUAAAAAUGACUCCAAAUUCCGCGACAGUCCAAACAAUGUGAUUUUCAACAGUAGCAGGGCAGUUUCCACCUAUCCAAUGAGUCUUACUGGAAACCUGAAUCAGAAAAACUGCACCACUUUAUUUUCCAGUUUACUCACAAGUUACACAGACACGUAUUUCUUCAGAAUUGAGAACAGAUCAUUCAAGGCAACAGCUUCCUGUGAUCCUCUUCAAAUAACAGUUAAAGAUUCUCCUCCGAAGCCCAGCAUUGAGAUCUCAGGUGAUCUGAAGGAGAAGCAGUCGGUCACUAUAACCUGCUCAGCUUUCACUCCCUGUCCACACUCCCCUCCUAAACUCACCUGGACUCUCCAACAAGACCCUCACAACAAAGUAGAGGAAAACACAGAUGGAACCUUCACAACUAAAAUCCAGAAGACCUUCACUCUGUCAGACGAACAUGAUGGAUUCAACAUCACCUGUUCAGCCAGAUAUCCUGUAAAUGAAGGAAAAGACGUCAAGACAGCAGAGAACAUAACGACGCUCAGUGUUGCAUAUGCUCCCAAGGACACCUCAGUGUCCAUCAGUGAAUCAGGUUUGGUGUCAGCAGGUAGCCUGGUGAACCUGACCUGCUCCAGCAGAGCCAAUCCUCCUGUCAGCUUCACCUGGUUCAAGACCAGCAAAGACAGACCCGUCAGUGUAUUUGAAGGAGACUUUUACAGUGUCAAGGUGACCAAUGUCACUGAUGACGUUUAUUACUGUGUGGCCACAAAUUAUCUCGAUAAACAAACAUCAUUGGAGAUCCACGUCACUAACGAAGGAGCAAAGCACCUUAAUCGCUCCUCACCAUGGGGGGCAGUUGUUGGAGCGAUCAUUGGGGUCAUUUUACUGAUCUGUGCGGUUGUUGCCAUUUGGUGGUUAAAGUUCAAACAUACAACUUCACAACAGACACAGAGCCAAACAGCUGAGGAGGCAGCCAGAGAAACAGAAACAGGAGACAUUCAUUAUGGAGAGAUCGACUUCUCCAAGCGGAGACCUGCACCGUCCUCGACCUCACAGCAGGACGGUGGACAGCAGCAGGAUACGUUGUAUGCGCAGGUCAAAGUGUCCCAGACAGCAAACAGCUUAAGACAGACCGCCAACGGCCCAGAGGAUCUCUACACUCAAGUGAAGAGGAAAUGAAUAUAUGAACAUGUAUUUUAAUAAGCAAAUAUUCUGUUAUUAUUAUUAUUACACAUUACAAGUGUUUUCUUAACAACCUUCUUCAAGUUCUUUGUUUAAAGUGUGACAUUUUUUAUGUUUUUUAUCAGUACGUAUGGUGUUUAUAGAUCUCAAAAUUCCUUUUCGCCACACAUGCUGAUUUGUUCACAUAACACGCAUCAUAUUUAUUUAUCAUACAUGGAUUUGUGUUGACUUGUCUAUUAGCACCUGCAGAUUUCUCCUAAAUUCACCAAAAGUUAGCAUUAGAUAAUGCCUCAUUUGUAAAUUUAAACAUAUAUACAUUUCAGAAAACGUAUAAUUCGGGCUGUCAAAGUUAAUGCGAUAACUAAUUUCUUUAACUCAUUAACGCAACUUGUGAUUUUUAGAUUGUGGAAGGCUCAGUUUUAAAGCUAGAGUGAAGAUACUGGUAUCAUAUGAAACUAGAAAACAUAAGGAAUCCAUUGGUCAUACUAGGUUGUCGCGAAUAAGGUUAAUUAACGCUCAAAACUUACACAAAUUUCAGUCACUCAAAUCUGUGUUCACAUUUCAGACUUUUCUCUAACUUGUGCUUUAUUGUGAAAUAUUGGAGAUUUUUUUGCCUCAAACAAUUAUUGAAAUGAAACCAUGUGAGAAGUUUAGAGGGGAAAUGUGUUUUUGAUGGCAACAUGACAAGGAGUCCAGAACAAACACUGCUCUUUUUAUAAGGGAUCAUAAGGCCCAAAAUUCUCUCUCUACAAAAUUGCCCCACAUUGUUGUCAAAGAGCAAACCUGAAUCCUAUUUCUAGUGUUCAAGCUCUGAUUUCUAAGGGAUCUAAUUGGUUACAGGUGUUUUCACAGGUGCAUUCUGGGACGAGGUGAUUGAUAAUUGAGUUGGUAUUUCAAUGGCAGACAGUAACAGUUGGCAAACAACACAUAGGCUUUUAGUUUUGAAUGAAUGUAGAUAACUGUGUGUAGUUAUGGGCAAAAAGUGUGUUUCAGAAUUUCAAAAUAAGUGUAAAGCAGACAAUAUAGGUUACACGAGUCAGUGGUUUCAAUAAUGCUAUCAUUUUUCGUGUCUUGGCAGUUGCAAAGAAAUCUGUAACACUCUGAAUUUGCACCCUGCAAAAUAUCACACUGUGGUACAAGCAAGCUAAAAUAAGUCUCAUUAUUAUGACUGUAAUGUGUUUGAAGUGGUGUCAUAAUGAAAGCCAAACCAAUUAUUUGAUAAGGGUGCACUUCUUUUUUCUUCAUGGGGAACUGUUGUGGUGGCAGGAUGUGAUUAGCAACACAGGAAAUCCCCCCCAAAAAAUGACACGCCAUGUCACUUUAGUUUCCUACUGUGUACUAUGAUCAGUCAAGUCUGUUUGCUCAGUUGAUAAAAGGUCACCUACGUCCUUGCACCAAUAUGGAUUCAGCAACGUUUGAAUCACAAUCAGAUGACAGUUGAUGGGAUUGUUGGAGUUUUUCAGUGUUAAACUCUUCAUUAUAUCUUAAUAUGUUGAUUGUUGAUCUUACAGCUUUCGGGGGCGUUUAUAUUUGGUUAUUAAAGAGUUGCAACCAAGAUAUGUACUAAAUGGGACAUUUUACUGUCAAAAAUAAACACUAUAGCAAGUAUGACAAUAAAAUUAAUGAAUAUCAAUCCCAUUUAUUGUUGAAUAAAAUAAACUCAGUCAAACACAAAUAUAUAUAUAUAUUUAAAAAUCAGAUCUAUGCUAAACGGCACUGAACUAUAAUAAAUAUUAGCCUAUAGAAGAAGUGUUGUGUGGUGCAUGUAUUAAUUUAUCCUCAUAUGAGAGACAGUUCAGCUAUCAGCAGACGGCUUUCAGCACUGUGUGCUGCAUGUUGGAUUCCUCUUCUUUGCAUUUUCAUUUUCCUG